AUUCUUUUAUUCUAUUUAAUUUAUAUUUUUACUUUUGUUCAUACGUACGUGUUUGUAUUCAUAUUCUCAUACGUGACAGUAGUAUUUAUAAUUUUUAUUUUUUAUUAUUUUUAAAGCAGGUUUUGAAUGUUUUGUUUUGACUCCGGGGCGCAUGCGCAGUGUGUGUAAACAGAGCCGUUUAAAGGGCCGAGCUGUCAGCGACGGUUUUAUCGUGGAGCCGACAUACGAUGGAGCACCGAGACCAGGGGCCCCGCGGACCCCCUGCUCCUGUCUGCUCCUGUCUGCACCUGUGCUCAAAGGGGCCGGUCGUAGGGGCCCACACUGACUCCAGUCAACAUGAGACAGAGUGUACAAAGGUCUGCGCUGACCACUGCGGAUCAGAGACACAGACCUGCUCCUGCCCGCCCCUGCUCCUGCCCGGGCCCUGCUCCUGCCCGGGCCCCUGCUCCUGCCCGGGCCCCUGCUCCUGCCCGGGCCCCUGUGACUUCUCGAGGAGCCUCCCCGCUGAGAUGUCGGAGCAGAUCUUCCUGCGGUUGGACGCCUGGAGCCUGUGCAGAGCGUCUGAGACCUGCAGACGCUGGCACCUCCUGAUCCAGGAGAGCGAGGCCCUGUGGAGGGGCCAGUGUGGGCUCCUGAGGGCCCACUGCAGCCGAGAGCUGGAGCGAGACCGAGGACAAGGACUCUCCUGGAAGGUGACUCUGGUGAGGAAUUACACUCGCAGUCGUCUGAAACGUGAUUGGCUGAGAGGACGUUUCAGCCGUGUUCAAUCAGCCAAUGAGCUGCGAGACGUCAGGAUGGUCCCGUUCGACGCCGAGUCCUGGGGCGAGAUCCUGCAGGCCGAGCUGGACCGCUGAGACCGGGACUGAACCAGGACCGAACCAGGACCGAACCAGGACUGAACCAGGACCGAACGAGGACCAAACCAGGACUGAACCUGGACUGAACCUGGACUGUGCAGAGUCUCUGCAUCUUUUUAUGUUUAAAUCUAAUAUAUUUUAUGAAUAAACUUUGUAAAUAAUGUUUUUUUAUUAUAAUUUUAUAUGAGCAGAGAUGGAAUCAUUAUGAACGGCGUCGUGUGGUUUUAGAAUGUUUUUAUGUAAACACUGAAUUCAUGAACAAUAAAAUAUUUAAACACAAACUGUCUCAAAAAA